AUGGCCAAAAUCAGACCAGUCAACUCCUACACCAUCAGUGACACCAACACAGUCGUCAAACGCAACUUAGACUCCUACACCAUCAGAGGCACCAACACAGUCGUCAAACCUGGAGAUAAUGUACUGUUGCGAUCACCCGAGAGCAAUACUACUCCUUAUGUGGCUAAGAUAAAGAAGAUCCAGAUAGACAAUGGAAAUGACGUGACAGUUCAGGUAAGGUGGUAUUACCGCCCGAGUGAUUCCAUCGGAGGUCGUAAACAAUUCCAUGGUGAGAAAGAACUGUUCUUGUCUGACCACUAUGACAUUCAGAGUGCUUACACGAUCCAAGGUAAGUGUAUGGUUCAUUCUUUGAAGAAUUACACCCAGCUAGAGAACGCUGGAGCUGAGGAUUACUAUUGUCGAUUUGAAUACAAAGCUGCAAACGGUCUUGUUUUACCUAGCCGCGUUGUAGUGUAUUGUAAAUGCAAAUUGCCCGAAAACCCCGACCUUCUGAUGGUGCAGUGUGAGGAAUGCAAAAACUGGUACCACCCUUUUUGUGUUGAUAUGAGUAAUGAUCAAGCAAAACAAUUACAUCUUUUUAUUUGUUCUAAUUGUAAUGGAGCGAAGAGAUUAAAGAAUCAUUCAACCAUGCAAAGUCUAAGAAAGAGAAGAUUCAUGGGAGAAUUGAAGUACUACAGAACAAGACUUGUUUAUGGGGAUUAUGAAAAAGCUACCAAACAGGUGAUCGAUCGUUUCUUCAUUACUAUUGCACAGAAGACAGUUCAUGUCUGGGAUACUCAUGUAUUUGCUGAUUCGAUCUCUAGUGCUAUGCCUUUCCCAGAAAGUGAACCAUAG